AAGCAAAUAAAAAAAAGUAUUUUAAUUAGGCUUUACCAAUUACAAUUAAAAUGGUGGAAAAGGCUACUUUAGCCCAACUAAAAAGUUUAGAAUGGGGGCGUCUGUUCAACAUGUUCUAUAUAGAACCGGUGAUUUUCAUGCUGCUGUUUUCGCACAUGCUGUCAGGUACUGUUAUGCGCAAUCAGUUGAUUUUUCAGACCUGCACGGUGAUCUAUCAGUACAAUGAAUCUGACUGUAUGCUUUUGGAUAGCAAAAACACCACAGCAGAAAUACAGGCCAUUGAAACGGAGCUUCAGGCAUAUGUUGCCAAUAUGUUCUUAACCCGAACCCUCUUUGAAAGCAUUGUCCCCGCCAUUUGUGGUUUAUUUAUUGGAUCCUGGUCGGAUCACUAUGGACGCAAGCCCCUGCUGAUUGUCUCCAUGGUUGGCUUUUCCGCCUCUGCCCUGCUUUCGUCUGCCAUUUGCUGGCUGUCCAGCUACUACCUGGUUAAUCCCUGGUGGUACACCUUGGCAGCUGUGCCACACUCCCUGCUCGGUGGCUUGUGUGUCUUUUCGGUGGCUGCCUUUUGCUUUAUUACGGACACAACCGACAUGAAAACCAGACCCUACAGAAUGAUCUUCAUGGAGUUGAUACUUUUCGUGGCCUUGACAAGUGGCUCAUUGUUAUCCAGUUUUAUUUAUGCAGCCACAAGUGCUGCCUUUGUACAGAGUAUAUCGUGUCUAAUCAUAAUUUUGGCAACACUCUUUAUUAUUUUCUACCUGCCCGAAAGUUUGGGAAUGUGCCCAGAUAAGGACGAAGUUCCCGAGAAGGAAAAGGAAGUUGUUGUGACAGUUUCAGAUCAGAAAGUAAGUGAAUUGUCAACUGAAACAUUGGAGAAACGCGACGAUCCACCCAAGUAUGAGACCAUAGAAAAGCCUCCUUUGGGAGACAAAGAGGAAAAUACUGGCUUGUUCAGUAUUAAGCACGUUAAAGAUAUGUUCAGCACCUGCUUUAAGAGGAGGGAAAAUAAUGCCCACUCCAUCAUCUGGUUGGUUACUUUGGCCGGCUUUGUCUCGAUUUUCGUUGCCGAUGGCGUCAUGACUGUGAUGUAUUUAUUCGUGCGUCAGCAGUUCCAUUUCACAGUACGUGAGUUUACUAUUUUUGAGACAGUCAGCCAAUCAGUGCCCAUGCUGGGAGCUCUUUUGGGCAUUCUUAUUUUAAGAAAGCUUUUUGGAAUGUCUGUGGUUUCAUUGGCCUUGCUGUCGUUAUUCUCUGAGAUCCUUAGCAACAUUGCCAGAGGAUUCGCUUUUCUACCUUGGCACUUGUACAUAUCUGUGGUACUGGGAGUCUUUCGCUCCAUCCAGGGACCCAUGUGUCGCACGAUUGUAUCGAAUAUAGUACCCUCUUCCGAUACGGGUAAACUGUUUGCAAUUGGCAACAUAGUACAAUCAUUCGCCCCUUUUGUCGCCGCUCCCCUUUACACGGCCAUCUACAAGAGCUCCCUGGCCAGCAAUCCUGGCGGAUUUAAUUUCCUCAGCGCCGCCUUCUACUUAAUAGCGUUUAUCCUCAUUGGCUGGGUGAUGCGAAUUAAAUUCAAGCACCGAAAGUUCUACGCCGAGACGCUCAAGUAGCUAAAGUAAACUGAGUUUCCAUCAAUAUUGAUUGUGGCCAGUUUGCCAACUUUUUAGAGCUUUGUUUAUGCCCAAGUCGAAAACUUUGUGUGGACAGCAUUAAAUAACUGGAUUUAUAUAGCA